GUUAAAAAUCCUGGCUACGCCGCUGCAUAUGGUGCCCAUCUCGUUAGAAGAUUGUCGCGUCUUGUUAGACGCCAUAAUGGCGGUUAAUAACCUCAUCUCCCAUUAAUAUCCUCCCCCGGCAAAACUCGUAACAGAACUGAUCUAGCGGAUGCUUCAGAGCAUGCAUCACAUUUCCGGUACAUGCAUGUGGAAUAGAUAUAAACGCCAGCCUUACGCCAGAGGGCCAUACUUCUAGAAAGGACGACAGUGUUAGAUUCAGUAAGACAAGCCACCAGUGUCCAAGCAAGGGAUAAACAAUCAAGCGAGGACACUAUGGUCAGCGGAGUCACAGCAGUCGUAGUCACGAUGUUUCUACGAAUCUACUCGGAAAACUCGGACUUCAAUCCGAUCACGAUAUCUCAGCCCCAAUGCCCACCCGGCUACUGCGCCCUGGGGGACUACGCCCAAAGAACCGGCUCGGAGGCGCCAAGCUACGGUGCCACCGUUUGCCUCAAGCAGGACAACAAACUAGUGCGUACCCCCCUGAAAUUCACACAGAUUUGGAGCAGUGAGGGGGGUGCAGUCGACGACGAAGAAUACAGCGAAGCGAGCGGCGCGGAGAGUGGUUCUGGCGAGGAGUCCUCUUUCGGUCCGACCGGAAGAAGUAGAGUACUAGCGUUUUGGCGCGCUGUUCCCCCUAGCAACCAAUACACAGGGCUCGGGGACGUCGUGACGUCAUCGUACGAACAGCCAAUCAGAAGCAGGUACUGCGUGGUGCAUAAUUCGGUGGUAUUGACCGCUAGGCGUGGUCGGAGGGUGUGGGUAGACAAUUCUGGGGUAGUGAGCCUUUGGGCGCAUGCGCAGAGCACCCAAUUUCUCAACCUUGACCUUUUCGUUGCCAAUGGUUACCGCGGACCACCCGCUGAUCUUUACUUCCGCACAAUCGUACCGGAAGUGAUCUCUCCGCCGCCAAGUGGAAACCUCCUCAUAGAAGUGAUCCCAGCAAGGGACCUUAACCUGCUACUCAGGGACCCAAUAGGGGAACACGGUUACGAGGACAUAAGUGUUUAUGUCCCUCAGCCUCCUAUCGGGUUUGUGGCCCUGGGGCAAUACGCCGAGAGGGGUAUCUUCAAACACGGCUCGGCCCAUGUCUUGGCUGUCAAAGCAACAGGGGGUGGGGCACUAGUGGCACACCCUAUCAUGUACAAGAGAGUUUGGGACACAAGAAAAUCAGCGAAGACCGUGGAGUCCGCAAUUUGGAGACCAAUUCCUCCCCCAGGGUACCACUGCUUGGGGGAUAUUGCCACAGUAGCUUACGCCGCGCCGUCUACAAACACCAUAGUCUGCCUUCACUGGAGUCUCGUCCGCAAAGGAAGGAGGGGUGAUCGAGUGUGGUGGAACCGGAAGUCUCCACUGACCGGAAGUGAUUCUCAAGGAAGUGACGUCACAGUGUGGCGGGUCGGAGGAGGGCACGAUUGCGAGGCGCCAAAUACAUUCGUUGCAAACCCUGGGUUCCAGACCCCGUCGAGUGAGAGACUGUUGUUUAAAUGCGUGCUCAGAAGCAACUCGAUAGAAAUCUAAGUCAUGCGCUAUAUCACUCACUCCUUUUUUUUGGAUCUUAAAACUUGUAAAUAAAGCAUUUAACUUGUUCAGAAGUUACUCUACGGACACUUUCGUGAGCGGACAGUUCUAUAUAUACGUCCAUGUUUUGACUAUAGAUGCACGCAGAAAAAAACUCAACAAAUAAGACGACGUGGCAAAAAGACGAAGGUUGUGAUUUUUUAUGCUAAUACUUUUUUAACAUUGAUCAAAUUGCCUGUUUUUUUUUACAAGUGUUGUUUUCUAUUUUUUGAUGACAACAACAUACAACGACAACAAAAAUUUGGGAAAAAUGGGCUCUUUAAAUUGAGUGUGAUUUUUUUACUAUAAUCGCAUAAAAAAAAGGAAUAGAAAAAUAAGUCUUGUGUAAUGACCAGGGGCCCCAGUCUACAAUUGCUAUGCAACAUCAUUUACCACAAUCUAUCUUUAAUGUUUAUCUAAACAUAUUUAAAUAAAAUAUCAUAUAAAAUAACAACCCUUAUAUAUAUUUUCUCUCAUUAAUAACAUUUUAAACUCAAUGUUAUUAGUUUAAUAUUUGUUUCUGUCACCGACUGGUGUUUUUUUAAAAUAAAUCAUUCUUUGUGUA